CACAACUUUUAGACAAGCCGGAAGUGCAUACAUAAAGAUAGGCAGGGGGUGUUAAGUCCUGUAUAAACGAAACUCUAUACUUACAAAUCAGCUAUGGUUGUACAGGUACAUGUUGAGGGGAUCGCACAAUUUGAGACAAAGGCAAAGGAACACAAAGGAAAAACGAUAAUCGCCUUGUUUUCUGGCUCGGUGGAUGCAGAAGGCAAAAAUUGGUGCCCCGACUGUGUGGCAGCUGAUCCGGUAGUCUCCAGAAAUCUUUCCAAUGCUCCAGAGGAUGCCGUUUUCAUCCAUUGUGGUGUUGGUGGCCGAGAUUAUUGGAAAGAUAAAAAUAAUGUCUUCAGAACAAAUCCACAGUUAAAACUGAAGUGUGUUCCUACCUUGAUGAAACUGGGAAAGCCAAAUAGACUUGAAGAAGGACAGUGUGCUGAUGACGAUUUGGUGAAAAUGCUGUUCUCUGACGAAGACUGAAAACCCUUGCUCUUAAAUUCAAAACUAAUGCUUCUGUCAAAUGUCAAGUUAAUUAUAGUUGAAUGUGGAUACAAAUUUUGUUCAAUCAUUAUGGAAUAUUUGUAUUCAUGCAAAGAUUUGUUUGGUGGAUAGCAUGAAUUGUAUGAAUACUAUCAAUGAUAUUUAACCAGAAAACAACAUUUCAUGAACUGUUUUCAGUAUAAAAGUGGAAUGUUUCUCUUUCAAUGAUUAGAAAUGAUUUGAUGUCCAUACAGUAUAACAGAACUAGGUAUGUCAAAAUAAUAAUCACAUGCCUGUACAUUGUUUAAGCUGAAAUGCAUGUAAAGGUGUUUGUGUGUCACAGGAAGUGCAAUGUUCAUAAAUUAUUAAUUUGUUAAGGUUGAUUAAUGAUCCAAAGAUCAUAAAUAAUAAAUGACAUAAAAAGGCAAA